AUGUCAUCGGCAUUCUUGGAUAAGAAAUCACCACUCUGUAGAUCGCGCUCACGAAACGAUGAAAAACGCAUCGAAGAUCUGCGAAUCGCCUCAAUCGAAACCAAAAUCAAAUGGCACAUCGGUUUUCUGCUCGCAAACACUCUUGAUUUCAUCAUUUUCAACUCACAAAUCCUCUCAUUCUUCCUAUUUUGUCACGCAUUUCCACAGGAUAUAACAUCGAAAAUCAGCUCGAUUUUAUCAAUCUAUUUUGGAGUGAUUAUUAUGUUUUUGCUGAUUGAUAUGAAGUUUCCAGGAAAAUUGGUUUUUGAUUAUUCCUGGAAGAAUUUAAUGGCAAAUAAUACAACAAAUGGGAAGGUUUCUGCUGAAGUCAAAAAACCAUCGAUUCCUUCGCCAAAUUUCGAUGAUAAUUCUUGGUUAGAUGCACAUCAAUUCGGAACACCAAAUGAGAACUUGAGAGUGAAAUCAAAUACAUCGAUUCGAGGGAAUUCGCCUAACUCUAACACGAGUUUGGAUAUCUCGGCAGAUUGGAGAAGUCCAGCUAGAACUACAGAAAGUAUACAUACUAGAAAGCAAUUGGAUGUUCUUCUACGAAGUCAUAGGUACAGAAUACUAACUUUUUAUAGAAUAUAUGUUUUCUAGUUAUUUUUGACCUCUCUGAUUACGAUGGCGUUGUCGAAAACUACUUAGAUGAGAUCUGAAUAUGAGUUAUGACGUAGGAAAGUUUGACAUUUUGUGAAGGAAAUUUACAGUGUUUAAAAACUAAUUUUCAACAAAAAUCUUAUAUCUAGCAUGAUCUUGUUAAGUUGAGUCGAUUAUCUGAACAAGAAAAUGCUUUUCCACGUCAUAACUCAUUUUCAAAGCUGUGAUAUGCAGUUUUAGACAACAGAAAUGUAAUUACCGAGAAAUUUUUUAGAAAACAUAUUUUCAUUUGAAAAAUCUUGAAAUAACUGUUUUAUUUUCCAGAAAUGACGCGCAAAUUGAUCUCAACUCAACAAACAAUUCCACAUAUUUUUCGAAUAUUUGGCAUAAUAGUUUUGACGGCGGAAAAUCACCGAAUCAAUUGAACAAUUCCUAUCAACUUUCCGAGGAAUUGAAAGAGGAUCAAGCAAAUUCUCGUAAGAUAUUUUGGCGGGAAACAAAAGGGUGAAAUGAUACCCUCACUGAAGAUUUGUAAAAAAUCAUGAUUUUUAGGAUUAAUAUCCAUAAUUUGGCUGAAACAUUUGAUUUUGAACUGAAAACUGACCUAUUUACCACCAAAAACUCAAAUUCCUUUAAUUCCAGCCUACAAAAUAAAAAUCGGAAAAAAUGGUCUGACCGAAGUGACAAUGCGUCGCCGCCGCACCGAAAAUGACGUCAUUGAAGACGACGAAAACGACGAUGAACUCACGAAAUUGCACAAAAUCAUGAAUGCGGCAAAAAAUUCGCCGUCUGCAGCAGACGCCAAAAAUUCGAGUAUUUUGAAGCGGUCGAAUUCGACGGAACGCGGGAGAAGUGGAAGUUUGCGGAGAAGAUCACAUUCAUCGCCGGAUAGAUCUAUGGAUUAUUAUGGAGGUGAUUCGGAGAGAUAUAGGUAUGCAUUCUGGGGAGUUUAUAGACUUGAAAAGCUCUAGCACGCUGAAAUUUCUGAUUUUCUGAACAAAAGGUUUUUUUGAAAUUUUUAGCAAAAUUCUUUUUUAUUUGAGAGUUUCGCGAAAAAUAUAAAUCAAAAUUUAGGUUUACCAGAUUAAAUUUUGUUUUUUUCACUGAUAAUCUCAGAUUUGAAGCUUACAGCUUUGGAAGAUAAUUACCGGAAAUUUUAAGAAUUUUCAAGAUGGCUGAAAACCCAUUUUCUUCCUCAAACCUCACGUUUUCCAGAACCGGCGAACUUUUAACCGAAGAACAACAACGUCGAGCCGAAUUCCGUGUUCGAGCAUGGCUCAGAAAUACCAUAAUUCUACCCCUCGCUGAACAAAUUGAAGAAAUCAAUAAAGUUCUCGAAAAAGAACACCCAACAGUUCGAAUUGGCCAAUCCUCGAUUGACGCUUUGAAAUUGGCGAUAAUCGAAAAAGAUAUACUGAAAUCCACAAAUUUGCCAUUUGUUUUGCCAUUUUUAUCGACUUGCACAGCCAAUCAACAAGCCUAUUUAGUUAGUCGAAUUCGAGAAUUGGCGAGUAAUGAAUUUAUGGAUGUUUAUAAGUGGAAUGGUGGUGGAAUGGAACCAGCUGAGGAUAAAUGUGAGCGAUUUUUUUGGGUUUACCUGAUUUUUUCCAAGAGAAAGUUUGAAAAUUAUUCGAAUUUUUGUACCCAAAAAUCGGAAAUUCAACGUUUUUUAAUUUUUACGGGCAAAACCUUUUCAAUUUUUGAAAAUAUUUUUAGUUCAACAAUAUUCAAAUUGAAAAAUUUGGAAUUUAGCUGGAAAUUUGUGAAUUUAGUUGCUGAAUUUUUUUUCAAAACUUUCAAUUCCUAAUCUUCUAUUUUCAGUAAACACAUCUCGAUUGGUCCGCCGUGAAUGGAAUGACAGUCUUCCAACUGAUUCAAUUCUGAUCUUUGAUCUUUUCUGCAUUUACAUGGAUGCUCAAUUGAAUUCGAAUUGUUUGGUUGGAGAUCAUCGUUUGGAUCAACCAUUCACAAGUCGAUUUGUUGUCAAAUCUCCCAAAAAACCAGUUGCUGCACAAAGAGCACCGUAUAUGUUUUAUCUGCAUAUGGUAAGGGUUUCGGGAUUUUUGAGAAAACACGGCUGGGAAAAUUUUAUUAUUAUCAACGUCAAAUUGUAAUUUCUGACUCAAAAUUCAACUGAAAAAUCGGCAAUCUUAAAAUGAAAUUGAUUUGAAGCUGUAAAAUUUGGCACAUCCUCAUUUUAUCUACUUUUCAGCCAGUUUUCGUUUUAAAAAAAAUCCCAUGAAAAAUGUUAUUGAAAAUCCCUCUGUCUUCAAAAAAUCCUGAAUUAAAUUUCAGUCUUCCCAAUCGCCACCAAACUUCGAACUCAUCCAUAAUGAUUCAACCGGUACUUCGAUAAAAUGUCAAAUUUCCCGACAAUCUUCCAAUCUUUUCCGAGCCAUCGCUCAAUUUGUCCACUACGCCAAAGAGGAACACAAUGGAUAUAUUGAUCGGACCAACAUUGGACCAAGUGGAAUUAAUAUUUUGUGUGUUUUAUAUUGA